CGAGCAUUUAUUUACAUUUACAUAACAUUUCAAUGCAGAUACGCUUUAAAACGAUUAAAAAAGUCAGUCACAUACGAUUUUAUAAAUGGGUAGACCCAGAUUUCCUCAUAGACUUUGCCCUGGCUCACAAUCGAGUUUAGACCCUACUAAUAUGGCAGACAUGUUGACGUCUCGGACAAGCUAGCAGCGUCGACUAAUACAACGUCUACCUUCUUGGCUUUUUUUAAAGCGGUAUAAGUACCUGGUACUUUAGCUCGCGUGUAUUUAAAAGCUAUUCAUUUAUUAAUUUAUUUUUUUUUUUAGCUUAGUGAGCUCUUCUAAUGUUAGUACAGUAUUAUAGUUUCGUUUUUUUGUGAAUUAAGUCGUUCAAUAAAGUUUGAUGGUUCAAAGCAAAGAUGGCCGCUGCCAUGUAAUACAGUGAUGUCUACCUUUUAAUUCAGGGUCUGCUGAGCGAUCGAUAACUUCAGGAUGAGCCGCUCCACCAAUCUCCUGCAGCAGAUGACCAUCUUCGUCACCGUGGUUACCGGUGGAGGCUGCGGGAUGAUGUACUACCUCAUGCAGAAAAACUUCGCCAAAUCCGAGUACUAUCGCUUGGCAGUCGAGCAGCUGAAUCAUCACUCCACGGCCAUGGCCAAUCUGGGAGCUCCUCCGUUAAAGAUCCACAACAUCCAUCUCACUGAUCGGUAUAACCGCAUCGACCACACCGUCGCCCAGCUCAAAAUCCCCGUUACUGGAAUGAAGACAGGAGGCUACCUGUACACCACAUCCAAUAGAGACGCUAUUAUGAACAGGUGGCAGCUCCAGCGAGUGGCUUUGCAGCUGAAGACCGGCGAGACCAUCGAGAUUUUUCCCAGAGCAGAAUCUGAGUAGCUUUAUAUGUGUAUAUAGCUUUAUAAUGUGCCGAACUGUUGAUUAAAAAUCUGUAUAAGAGUAGCCAAAAUAGAUAAGCGAUGUUACGAGUAUUUCGAAAAACAGUAUUUCUUUAAAAAAAAAAAUGAAAACACUGUGAUGGACAAAUGAUUCCAAUAAAACAAAACAAAACCAAGGAAAUACUGCAUAUUAAAGCGCUUCAUUGUAAACGAUGCAAAGUGUUUGCAAAGGACUGGAUGUUUUUGUGACUGACCCUAAAAAUUCAAGAAGCUUAAAAUUCAAUGCACCUUCUUCCCUUUUUUUUCUUUUCUUUUUUUCUUCUGACUGAUUUCAAAUGCUUUUAAAUUUUAUUUGCUGUAUUAGAUAUUUUGUUGAUAAAGAUAUCUUUGUAAUUCUAAUGCCAUCUUGGUUCUCCUCCAUGUCAAGCAAUGGUCUUGUGUUUUAUUUAUUUAUUUAUUAUAGUAGAAUAAGUACAUUUUGUCCAUCGCACAUUGUCUAAGAGCACCUUUACAGAUGCCACGAAUCAAGGCUAACUCUAAGGUGUAAUCUUGCAAUAUGAAUGUAUGUAUAUGUAUAUAAAUACAAGCCAAUGGUUUAUGGUUGCAAAAGGAAAGCCCGUAAAAUGAAAUACACUUCAUUCAACUGCUUGCAUGUUUUGUUCGUGAUCAUCGCAUCCCUUUAGUGCUGUCUGACGAAUGUUCCACUAGAGGAUGCCGUUGGUCAGAAAAGUAAAGCGUGCUUCUCUUGUGUAUCCCCAUCAAAAUACGCACACACAAGUGCCUUAGUCCUUCGACAUGGAAUGAGAGCGGUAUACGUAAAACAACGUGUAUUUAAUGUGGUUCCGCACAGUUGGACAAAUCGUAACAGGACGCUUGUAUAAUCGCAUACAGAGGCAAAAAUUCUCAAUAACAAAUAAGUUAACAUUCGUUUGGUUGAGAACAAAGUGUGAGAUGCGCACUCUUUCAGUGCGCUCUUUACCAUAUUCAAAGUGUUUCUCCUUCUCGUCCUGUGUGUGUUUUUCUUUGUCUUCUGCAUUUUGCUUAUAACCAAGUGCCUCCAGUAGUUUCACUCGCUAUACAAAAGCAUCUGAGAGAGUCAGAAAUUUCAUUGAGUCUUAGCUUCGAGUUAAAAUUAUAUUUCAGUUAUUUCCUUUUCACUCGAGAUCUCAGACAAUGAAAAGAGGAACCCUAAAGCGUUAGUAAAAUUACAUGGCUUAAUAAUAAAAAAAAAAAAACUACUGCAAAGUAUUACUUGGUUGAUGUUUGUUAUUUAAUACUGUAUUAUAUGAAGCAAUUUCUGUCAAUUUCCCCUUUUUUUUUUGUAUAUUAGAAAAAAAAACAUUGUAUUUUUUUUUUUGGAUGUUUAUAUUUAUACUUAACCUUGUGGAAUGUCAUUAAAAGAAGUUGGUUCCUCUUAUCAUGUAGAUAAGCUGCUAUAAACAGUUUUUCUUUCAACA